AAAAUUGACGAAAAUAUUGUCGUGUUCUCUUUUACUAAUUCGGAUAUAUUUUAUACGAUAAGCAAUAUUAAUAAUCGGAAAUAUAAAAAAUAUAAAUCAAGUCCACAAUUAUUAAAAAUGAUUAUAAGCAAUCGGCUCGAAUCACAAACGCUAUUAAUCUUCUUGUGUCAGGUGAUCGAUAGAAAUUUCUGAAUGCGCGUCGAAUUUCCAUUUUUCUAAGGUUUUACGAAAUCAAAAAGUAAAUCGAUAAAACUGAUUAGACUCGAUAAGAAAAGAAAUACUGCAUAAACGACUAGCAAACAAGUCUAUUACUAUAUAUAAAUAAGCGUCGGAACAGUUUCGAUCGCUGCGAAAAGUGCAUCGCGACAGCGGGAAUGCAUUUUAUCGGACCGGUGUUACUGGUUGCGAUCUCGCGCUCGUCGAGAGAUAAUAAGCGAACAAACGACGAGUCGCGCGUCAGUCUCAUCCUGUUCACAGACGGGACUGCUCGCAACCGAUGAUAUACAAUCGAUUGUCCUCAACUCUGUGUUAAUUAGUUGAUUAGAAAGAACCGCUCGCCGUAAAUCCGGUUGUACGAUCCCGUUGAUUUUUUUCUCUCAUCGAGACCGUGAUAUAUUUUCCGUUCGCUCUAAUCGGCUAUGAAUUCUCUUCGAUGGAACGGCGUUAAAUGUUCACCUGUGCUCGUCUGCUGAAAUUCCACCUUGCGUGAUACUGCAAUUUAAAGGUCGGCGACAACUCGGCAUAUGUUCCGCUGAGCGAGAACCGGCAUCCGGCAUACGCGACACGAAAGCAAGAGUGAUGGGAAUCGACGGUAUGAGGGUCGGCGGAGGCAGAUGCCCGCCUCUCCUGGUCGGAGGACUCCUUCUGGCGUGCCUCAUGCUCGUCUGCAGCUGGUGGACCCUGUCUUCCGAGAAUCUGGAGCUCAUCAGGCAGAUCGACGACCUGAACGAGCAGCUCAAAAUAAGUGCUGAAGAAAGAGAUCAGUGCGUAACAUUGCGUGGUAAUUUGGAGCAAAGGUUUAAACACACGGAAGAUGAAUUGGCUUCUUUGCACGUCCGCUUGGAACAGCAGAUGGAUUUUAAAAAGAGAAACGAGGAGCUCGAGGAUUCAGUUACUAUGUGUAAAAGUGAACUGGACUCGUUGAACAAACUGGAUGCCACGAAAACUGCAACGUUAGAAACAUUGAGAUUAGAAAAGGCCACCAUUAAUACUCAAUUAGAUGCAAAGCGGGAUGAAAAUAAAAAACUUCAAGAGGAAGUAGAUAGGUUGAAAGGAGAAGUAGAUAAAAUCAAGCUUAGUUGUAAUUCACCACCUGAGAAGAAAGAAACUCCAAAUCUCCAGCCACCAACGACAGUGGUCAUUAACAAGUCUCAGUUGCAUCCUGUACCGGAGUCUGCUGUAAGAAUAUCCGUAGCUGGUCAGCGAGGUUUGAAGUUCCACGGAAUUCCGAUCCUACCAACAGACCCACCUGGUGCUGUGCGCCAUACUCCUCGUUUCUCAGUGACUAUGUUGAAGAAAGUUGAAACGGAAUCGAAAGCCAAUGGACCAUCAAAUAAUACCGCAGAACAGGAUAUCCCAGUUGCCAACGACUUGGACGAUCCUGAAAAUCGUGCACGUGACAAUUAUGAAGAAGAAGAUAAAACGCAAGAUGCCACAAAUAAACGGAUACUGUGAUCAUUGAGAGAUCUGAAAAUGAGUGCCAAUAUAGCUAUUACAUUAGCAAUUUUUAGACAUAAGACGUGCUGCAAUAAUUUUCUGAUAAAGCAUUUUGUAUCACUUAAAGGAAAUAGUGAAGCUCUAUGCGCAAUAAAUUGUAAAUGUUUUACAUAAAAAUAUAAGAAUGCGCCAAAUUUUUAAUCAAAUAGCUAUACUUGUUUAUUUUUCUUUGCCAGUUUUAUUGCAGUCUUGUUUGAUAGAUAAUGGAAAUAAAUUUUGAUACAAAAAAGUAUUAUUGCGGCUUCCAUCAAAGAUAAUGACAGUUUAAGUUUGUAACAAAUUUUUAAUUAUGAAAAUUAGGCAUGAUAUUAAUUAGUUAUUUUAAAGUUUUAUUUCUUUACAUUCCUUACAUCUUACUGUAAAAUUAUUUUAUAUCCAUGAUGUGAAAUAUAUCAGUUUUGUAUAUCUUUGUUAGUACAUAUCUAAAAUAUACUCAGCUUACAUAAAAUUUCAUAAUUUCAUUGCAAAAUCCCUACGGUUUACACUUAUGUGAUGUUUAUUUGUACUAUUGUGUAGUACAGCAUCAAGUUUACUAAAUACUUAUUGAGUAAAAGAUUACAUGCGUUAGCUUGCCGUUCCUUUUUCUCAAUAUUUUAUACAUUAUUAAAAUUUGUUAUGUAAAUGAAAUAAAAAUAUAACAUCAAAGUGAUCGUUGAUUAUCAUAUUGUCUUCGUAAAUUAUAAGUUAUUGUUCCCUACAUGCUUGUCACUAUAUUUUCCAUUAUGUUCUCUUAUUAUGUACGAGAUCCAUAAUUUGUGUCGUAUUAUGUUUGAGGCUUAUCUCUCUAUUUGACAGCUAAUUAAUAAAUGACGUGAUAUAUAAAAUGACAACGUUACCUAUAUCUUUAAUGACAUGUAGCAAUUUUUCUUUUUUAUAUAUGGUGAUGAUGACUUUAUGUCAUUAAUAGGGGUAUUUCUGUUAUUCAUUUUUUUAAUUCUAAGACAAUAAUUAUAAUAUUCUUUUACUGAUAUGAAUGUAUGAAUAUUUCAUGUUUUAAUGUCGCAUUAUGUAAAUUUCUCUAAACAUGCAAUAUAUAUAUAUAUAUAUUGGUAUAUUUAUUUUAAUCGAUACGGUCAUUCUUUAUGAAUUUUAUAUAUUGCAAAACCAUUAUCAUAAAUGCUGCCAAUAAUACUUAUAUUUGCUGCUACAAAUAGUCACACUUGCUGUUAUUACUAUAAAAUUAAUUAAUAGUCAAUAACAUAAUAUAUAUGUAUAUUAUAUGUACAUACAUUAUAUAUGAACUUGCAAUAACUGACUUCAACAUAGAAAAUGUUAAGUUAUACAAACAUAAUAUUAAAUAAAUAUUAUAAAAAUCUAUUUCUCAUUUAACAAUAUGUCUAUGUCUCGUUUAACAGUAUGGGUACGUUCUGUUUUAUGCAUGAUGCGCAUAAUGCAUCAUUUAUCCUUGUUGUUCAUUAAAUGUUAAACAAGGAUAAGUGAUGUUAUAGGCGCGUCAUGCGUGAACCGGAACGCACCCACUAUGUAAUAAUACACAUAUAUGCAUAUACAUUCACAAUAUUGUAUAAUAAUAUGUAACAAAACAUUCGAGAAUUAUUAUGGAAAAUUGUGCGUUAAUCGACGGGUUACCCCUAUGAUUAAAAUAAUAUGUUAAUAUAUUACAACGAAAUAUAAAAUGUGACUAGGAAAAAUUAAGUAACGACUAGAUAAUUAGUAUGCGGAUUUCCGUCUUAAUGAUUGUUACGUACUAAAAUAAUUGUUAUUUUACAAAUUUUUCAUCACUAGUUCAUGACUAAAAAAUAAUUAAUGACU